GUGCAAAAUAUGUAGGUUAAUGGUUAGAUGAUAAAUAACAUGGAGAUGGUAUAGAAACUUGGCCAGAUAACUCUAUUUUUAAAGGUUAAUACUAAAUGGGGAAGAAACAUGGUCAUGGAGAAUUCUAAUGGAAAGAUGGUUCUAAAUAUAUUGGAGAUUUUGACAAUAAUCUGAUAUAAGGUUAUGGAGAAUAUACUUGGUUUGAUGGUAGAAAGUAUAUAGGAGCAUGGAAAAAUAAUAAAAUGGAUGGUCAAGGAGUAUAUAUACAUAUAUAUAAGUAAUAGAUUUUUACAUGGAUAGAUGGUAGAAGAUAUAAAGGUGAAUAUAGAAAUGAUAAAAAGGAUGGAUAUGGAGAAUUCAAAUGGCCUGAUGGACGAGUAUAAUGUUUAUAUUGAUGAUUAGAUUUAUCGUGGAUAAUGGUAGAAUGGUAAAUAACAUGGGAUAGGAGUUUAUAUAGGAGAAUCGAAUGUUGAGAAAUAAGGAAUAUGGGAAUAAGGCAAGAGAGUUAGAUGGAUUCAUAAAGGGGAAUCUAUUAUUACUGAUUGA